CUAAACUAGAGAGCCCACUUCGUGUUCGUUUUUCUGCACUCGGAGCCGUCGCCUGUGGAAGUUGCAGGGUUGUUCGGUUAAUCAUGUUGAAGAUUCAAACGCCGAAGUCGGGCAAAGGCAAACGGGAAGUCGAGAAGCGCGCGCCUAAGCUCGUUGAAACUGGGAAGAAAACGUUGAUACUUCAUGGGACGAAGACGAGUGCUACGCUGAAUGCCGUAUUGAUGGAACUGUACCAUCUGAAGAAGGGAGGUGCUGUGAAAUACUCAAGGAAGAAUGAGAAUAUCAGGCCCUUCGAGGCCGGAGGCGAAACCUCUUUGGAGUUCUUCUCCCAGAAAACCGAUUGCAGCAUCUUCGUGUAUGGUUCUCACUCGAAGAAACGACCUGACAAUCUUGUACUUGGGAGAAUGUAUGAUCACCAUAUCUACGAUCUUAUCGAAGUUGGGGUAGAGAACUUUAAGUCGUUGCAGUCUUUUACUUACGAUAAGAAGAUAGCUCCUCACGAAGGAUCAAAGCCUUUCAUUUGCUUUAUGGGAGAAGGAUUUGAGAAUGUACAAGAGCUGAAACAUCUAAAAGAAGUCUUGCUUGACCUGUUUCGAGGAGAGGUCGUGGAGAAUCUGAACCUCGCUGGAAUAGAUCGUGCUUACAUAUGUACAGCUGUAUCUCCAAACAGGGUUUUCCUUACUCAUUGCGCGCUGAGGCUCAAAAAGUCAGGAACCAUUGUACCUAGGAUGGAACUUGUAGAAGUCGGUCCAUCCAUGGACUUGGUUGUCCGUCGCCAUCGCCUUCCUAACGAAAGCUUAAUGAAAGAAGCCAUGAAAACUGCUAAAGAUAAGCCUAAGAAGAAGGUUUAUAAUAGGCUUUGUACUCCUUUUCUUCUCCAUCCAUGUCAAGUGAAGAACAAGGUGGUUGCUGAAACAGAUCAGACCCAUGAGCUUAUGAUGUGUGUUUUUGUCUGA